AGGAGAAAAAUCUUUUAAUUUUAAAAUUGAUGGCGAUAUAUCUUUUAGUAAAAAAUUUAAAACGGACAUAAAGCUUGUAGACGCGCGGGAAAAGUUGGCGGAACAUCGAAAUGAGUGGAAAGCAGAAAAGAUUUAUUUUAAAAAUCAUGGGAAUCGGAUACACCAUGAGGACGAACCUAAAUAUACAUUAAAUGAACUCGAAUUUAAUAAAUAUAUAUUUAUUGAGAAUCUGUUAAAAGAAAUUAAAGUUUAUUUAGGUAGUAAAGAUGGCAACAUGUUGCUCCUUUUCUUGGAUCCUAACGAUAAAUUAGAAAAAAUUCGCAAAAUACUCACUGAAGCAAAUACUAAUGGCUUCAAGUUCAGAUUAAAAAAUGGAACUAUCGUUAAUGAAUGCCAAGAGAAUGUUAGGAGGUUGGAAGAAAUUCUAGUAAAUGGCAAUGAGCUGUAUAUUUCAACUCCACAAAAGAGCGAGGUCAUAAUUUAUAGCGGUCAGAGUAAAACACCCAGUAUAUAUUCUCUAGAUAAAGGAAAGAGUCUCGCCGAGAUCCGAAAAGAACUUGAAAACACUUGGAAGGAACAAUCGCAGCUUUAUAUGUGUUCUGAUUGUUAUUUUCUAGAUCAAAGUAAGCACGAGAUUGAAGGAACCAGAGAAAAUCAUUUAAACUUAGGUGACAUUUUAUCAAUUGAAAAUGGCAAUGAUGUCUUGAAUAUUUGCCGAAAAUAUGAACAUGAUCUAAUUAAGCUAACUAAUAAAUGUGGAUAUGGAUUUAUAAUGAAGGAUGGUUCAGUAAAACGAGCAAAAUAUCGUGCGUUUACAAUAGAAGAGACGCCGAAACACCACAAUUUUGAAGAUAAAUAUGAAGAAGGUUUAUUUGAAUGCAAAAACGAAUUUCAAGAAUUAUAUAAACGAAACUUUAUUACAUUUGCAACUGGCGAAUUUGUUGAUGAAGUUAAAAAGGCAUUAAAUAAAGAGAAUCGGGAGGAAAAGGUAAAAAGUCUUAAAAAAAUCGCGGAAGAUUAUGGUUAUUUUUAUGCAAGUUCAGUAUGCUUUGGAGGUGUUAUCAUUCAAAAAAAGGUAGACACUAAGUAUUCAAAACAACAAGGAUCAGUUAAGUCAUUUAAUGUCGAAUCUCAUUUGAUGGGUACUGCUUUAGAGACUGGACAAAGCACUGCCAUGGAAUUAAACAGCAUUAAAUCCAGAUGUGUAAUAAGAGGCGGAGCUGAGUACUGCAAUCGCUCCAGUUGGCUUCAUUCAAUCCAAGAUCCCGAGACAUGGGAAAUAAUUGAAUAUAAUGAAAUACACUCAAUAUUUAGUUUAUUGGAGAAUAGUUUGCGAAAAACAGUUCUAGAAAUUUUGGGAAAAAGAAUCCUAAAAGCAAAUAUCGAUAAAUUUGAAUAUCCAAUGGACGAAAAUAAACAACAUUCGCUUGAAAUAGGCAAUCAAUUAGAAGAUAUUCCUAACAUAAAAGAUUGCCAAAUAUUUACUACGAUUUUGAAGGAAAAAAAAGAUAAGCACACAUUUUCUUCGUGUGUAGCUUAUGAUACUCAUGAAAAUCCAAUAAUUAUUAUUAAUCGUGUUCCAAAUAAGAAAAAAUUUGCUAAAAAACUGAAUGCUAAAACAUCUAGUCCAAAAUGCAUACCUGUCCGAAUUGGGUGGAUGGUUGUAGGAUAUCCAACAGAUGCUUUUGAUUUUGAGCUAUCAAAUCAAAUUAUAAUUGAAAGUGAAAAAUUAGAAUUGAAUGACCAAUAUAUUGUUAAUAAUUUUUCACAUCAGACUAAUUUAAAUUUAGAAAAAUGUGCACUAUCUACUCGUUGGGUCACAUUUUUCCCUUCGACUAAAUUCCGCGUGUUUAUUUGCUUACUGCUCGAAAAUUCGCAAAAGGAAACUGAAAGUAGAUGA